AUGAAACAGUCAAUUCUAUCUGACAAAACAUACUUCUUACCAUCUAUGAAUGCAUUUGUAAAUUCAUACAAUAAAAGUGUCAAAACCGAUGCUAGUCUUUCUUCUGCAUUGUCAACAUUCGGUAGGUAUUCUGGUUUAGAUGUAAGUUCAAAAAAACCUAAAUUAGCAGGCAAUAAACAAAUUGGAACACAGCCAACUGCAAGAUCAAGAAGAAAAACACAAAUUAAAGGACGAAAAAAUUUAACUGCAGGAAGAACUCCUAAAUGGAAAAAAGCUCCAGAACAUGGGUAUGUAAAAGGGCAAAUAAUAUCAAGUGGAUUACCCAAAGUCAAACGCAAAUCGAAAGCACCACAUUCCUUGGCAUAUUGUGUUGAAAAUAAUAAAGCAUUAGGAGGUACACACAGUUCAAAAUAG